GGCUUGACUUUUAAUGUUAGUUAAACAUUAAAUACAUGUAUUCCCUCUAUAAGUAGAAUUGUGUGAGGGGAUAUUCCCGGGAUCCCCCGGCGAUGACGCAAUAAAAAAAUCAAGUCGUAAAUUAAACUUAUGAAGCAAGGGGAAAUUACUCUAACAAUGUAAACAAAACAAACCAGGAAAUGAAUGUUAAAAACUUAAAUAUAGAUAUAUCAUCAUCUGAAUAACAGAAAGUACAUCAAAAUAAUUAUCAUUUGUUGACAGUCAAUCAGUGAGCAUCAAAAUGGUUAACACCCCUAUUCCUCAUAGCCUGAAGUCAGAGGCAAAAAAAGCUGCUAAAAUUCUCAAAGAAUUUACAGUUCCCACUGCCAAAAUGGGACCUGACAAACUUAUACCAGCUGGAAUAUUUAUGAAAGCCAAAGGGUUGGCAGUAUUAACUGUAGUGAAAGCUGGUUUUCUGGUCACUGCUCGUGGAGGGAGUGGCAUAGUUAUUGCUAAAAGGGAUGACAGUAUAAACUCAGGUUGGUCGGCUCCUUCUGCCAUUGGUAUAGCAGGUAUUGGUGGGGGCUUUGAAAUUGGAGCUGAGGUGACAGAUUUUGUCAUCAUUUUGAACAAACGUUCCGCUGUAGAUGCCUUUUCAAAGGGAGGUAAUCUGACAAUUGGCGGGAACUUUACUGUGGCAGCUGGCCCUAUAGGACGUAACCUUGAGGCUGAUGUAGCGCUGAGAAGUACUGCUGCAAUUUAUACAUACUCUAAAACUCGGGGAUUAUUUGCUGGAAUUUCUGUAGAAGGGAGCGGUCUUAUAGAAAGAAAAGAUGCUAAUAAAAAGUUUUAUGGGCGGGAUAUACGAGCGUAUGAAAUACUUCAAGGGUAUGUUGAACCCCCAGAAGAAUGUGCGUGUUUGUACGAAGUUCUUGAAAGUCACAAUAAACAAGCACAGAAGGAACUUGUGAGAAUGGCUAAGAAAGAGGCACUGAAGGCGGCUACUGGUGCAUCAGGCGAUAUAAAGAGUAAAUUUAGUAGUUUUACUGGCUCAUUUAAAACGAGACGAAAAUCUAAAGAUAAAUCAGACAGCUCACCAGGUAAAGAUUGGGACUCAGAUGAUUCCUAUUCUCCACCUCAACAUAGAAAGGCCAGACCUACAGGAAGUGUAACCCCUCCUUCAAAAAAUAAAUUUCCUCCUCCAGAUAGUAAAAUUUAUUCAAAACGCAUGACAAAGACUACAAAAACUGUGACAAAACAUACACCAAGUAAUUAUAAGUCAUCAAGUCCUGUUUUACACAGAAGUCCUCAGAAAUCAGCUGCAAAAACAAGACCAAGAUCUGCCUCAGGAGCAAGUAAUCUAUCGAUUGGGUCAAAUGACUCCUGGGAGCUGUGGGCUGUAGCAAAAUAUCCAUUUGAGGGACAACUACCAUGUGACCUGCCUUUCAAAACUGGGGAUAGAAUAGAAGUAUUAACGCGGACAGACACACAGAAUGACUGGUGGGAAGGUAGAUUAAAGGGCAGAGUUGGAAUAUUUCCUGCAAACUAUGUUCAUAUCAAAACCUGAUUUCUUAUCCUGCAAGAGAAAAUAUGGAAACUCGCAUAUUUUGUAAAGGAUAUCUUUUUUUUAACUGUGCAGAAAUGUGUAUGAUGAGUUUAGAGGGGAAAUUAUUCUAGAAAAAUACUAAUGACAUUGUUAAAUAUGUCCAGAUAAGAUAACUAAUCUAGAAAUAUAGAAAUUAAUAAUUUCUAAACUAACUUUUCAGUACAACUUUUUAUUCAUAACAUAUUAUGUAAAUUUAUUAUAUGAGAUGGCAUGUUUUCAAUGUCAUAUAAUCAAUAUUGAUUUCUUUAUUUAACUUACUUAUUCAUGAUAAAUAUCAUGGAUGACAUUAUUUAAUAAACAUCACUUUACUGUUACCAUGCCUACUAUCUCAAAUUGACCUGUCCAUCAAUCAAUUGGAAAAAUCAAUUUUUUUGAUGAAUGAAUGGAAUCUGAGAUGCCACCAGCAGUUAAAAUUGAUUUCCUGUUCUUAACAUUUUUAAAACCGUUUAGAUAAAAUGACAACAAUUAUAAGAUCCUAUCAAUAAGUUAAAUUUAUGGAUAGCCUGAUUUUAGAAAUGGCACUUUAGCCAAUGAUUUUGUUUUUGUUUUCAACUUUUUGUUUUUACUUUAUUAUAUCAUUUGAUAUGGAAAUUUGUAUUUCAAAUUGGCUGUCAUUUGCCUUGACCAAAAAAAUGAUAAUAAGGUAAUAAGAAAAUGUAUGUUUGGCUCAUUACUAAUGUGCCUUGGGUAAGUUGUUAUUGUUGUUUGCUUGAUAAUUGUUGAUAUUCUUUGGGAUCACUCUUUCUCUCCAGAUUAUGAUAAAGAUUUGUGAUAUGUUUUAUCCAACAUUCCUUGAACUAGUCAAUAACAAAUGUCUCCAUAUAGCAUUAAUGUUUAUUUCACCUUGUGUUUGAAUAUUGUUGGAGAUCUUAUAUUUGUCUAUGUACUUCAGUGUGUCUGAUAAAAGUGGACCUGCUUAGGUGCCCACUUUUGCCUGAAAUAAAGCAUGAAGGACUACCCCUAAGCCAGUGAAGCUGGAAAUUUGCCAUAUGACCAUUACCAUGUCAGUCUGACUAAGAAUUCAACAAAGAUAUAAAAGAUACUGAAUAUUUUUUAGAUUAUUUUAUUCAGAUUUAAAAACUCCACAUGAUAAUUAUAGGAUUCCUGAUUUUUUUAUUCAUGUUUUUUUUUUACUAAUAAAGUACUUUCUUAUUGCUGUGUGUUUUAACAUACUGUAGUACACAUUCUCUGUAGAGUUUUAAUUCUAUAUAUAAAAGUGCUAUUUUUUAUUUUGUGUGCAGGUAUUUAAAGUAAUUUAAGAGGUUUACAAUUUGUUAUGUUACAGUUCAUAAUUCAGAUGUUGAACAUCAUACAGGCAUAUGAUAUUAUACAUUUAUUGACUGGUAUCAAUUCACAAUUAAACCUGGACACUCUUUUCACAAAAACUUAAUAAUUUUAUUAUCUUUUUCAUGCACUUUAUUGAAAAAUAUGAAUCACUUAUUGUUAGGAUGAUUUGUUUAUCCAUACUUGUUACAUUGUUACAAUAUUGAUUUAUUUGUGAAAAUUAACAUUAUACAUAUAUAUAUAAUAUGUGAUGCAUCACUGAUGUUUUUAUGGUUUUUUUAUGUUUUAUAUCACAAAAGAUAUACAUAUUUGAUAUUCUUUGUAACAAUAUUCUUUGCAACUAGGUAGGACAUAAAUUGAUCUGUAAGAACAAAAUACGAUAGAUUUCACAAAAAAACUGAAUUAAAUGUCCUUUAUUCAUUCGUUAAAUGUAAUUUUAAGUGUUUUAUUUGAUUUUUUAAUGAAAUAACAAAAGUUAUUCAUUCGAAUUAAAUGAUCCCUUUUUCUGUCUCCCAGCAGUCAAAAAAUCAGUUUUGAACCCUUACCCUGCUAAAUAUCUUAAAUAGACUUGUCCAUCUUUCUUUCUGGACAGAAUUCAUCAUUUUUUAUGGGAAAGUUCCAAAUAUGUUGUGACUGAAAAGGGAACAGUGUAGGCCAUGAUCAGUAAAAUAAAUUAUUAAUUUUCUUAGUCACACAUCUCUUUAACAUUUUUCAAAGAAUUAUGAGACAUAAGGAAAUUACUUUUUUGUCAAAAACUGCUGAUCAACUGAUUUUUUAGUUAUGAAAAAGGUAGAAAAAAUAAUAGAUAAUAAAAAAAAAUCUGUGCUGACAGUAUUGCAAAAAGGGCAAACACUUUUUAGACAUUAGAACCUUGUUUGUUUAAAGGGGUGGGGUUACUGUAAUGCCUUAUGUGUAAAUCAUUAAUACGGUAGAGAAUCAUUUUGUUCAAUACAGUUUCACUGGAUUUAAUUUAUUGUUCAAUCUCUAUUUGUAAAAAAGAUCUUAAUAAUGAUAUUGUUUAAUUUAUUUUACAUACAUGUAGGUAAUAUAUGAGAAUACAUUUGUCAAGGGUGAUUCAUUGUUUCAGAAUGAGUAUUUGUUAAAAAAAUUAUUAUGCUAGAACAUUUUAACAGAUUAUUUAUUUGACUUGAAAAUUUGUUGAGGCUAAUUUUUAAUAUUUGAAAUUUUUUUAUGAAUACAUGUAAUUAUUAUGUUUGGACAUUUGUGAAUGUUUAUUUAUUAUUCCUAAAUAUUUAUAAAGGCCAUAAAGGGUCAUUUUUAUGCCUGGACAUUUGUUAAGGACAGUUUAUUAUACUUGAAAAAUUGUGAAGGACAGUUUAUUAUGCCUAAAUAUUUGUUAAGGAUACAUGUAAUUGAAUUUGCCUGAACAUUGGUAAGGAAACCUUGAGCAAUCUAACUUUUUAUGCCCCCACAAUGUGGGAGCAUAUAGCGUUGCACUUGUCCGUCCGUCCGUCAGUCCGUCCGUACGUCCCGAAAUCUUGUGAACGCAACUCCUCUUAAACCGGAUGACAGAUUUUACUUAAACUUACAGGGAUGAACAACCUUAAUGUGUAGAUGGUAGUAAAGGAAGGAAUUUUCGCUGCAACCAAAUUUAACAGAAUUAUGGCCCUUUGUUGAUUUUUUCACUAUAUACUAUGUAGAAAUCUUGUGAACGCAACUCCUCUUAAACCGCAUGGCAGAUUUUACUUAAACUUACAGGGAUGAACAACCUUAAUGUGUAGAUGGUAGUAAAGGAAGGAAUUUUCGCUGCAACCAAAUUUAACAGAAUUAUGGCCCUUUGUUGAUUUUUUCACUAGAUACUAUGUAGAAAUUUUGUGAACGCAACUCCUCUUAAACCGCAUGGCAGAUUUUGCUUAAACUUACAGGGAUGAACAACCUUAAUGUGUAGAUGGUAGUAAAGGAAGGAAUUUUCGCUGCAACCAAAUUUAACAGAAUUAUGGCCCUUUGUUGAUUUUUUCACUAGAUACUAUGUAGAAAUUUUGUGAACGCAACUCCUCUUAAACCGCAUGGCAGAUUUUGCUUAAACUUACAGGGAUGAACAACCUUAAUGUGUAGAUGGUAGUAAAGGAAGGAAUUUUUGCUGCGACCAAAUUUAACAGAAUUAUGGCCCUUUGUUGAUUUUUUCACUAGAUACUAUGUAGAAAUUUUGUGAACGCAACUCCUCUUAAACCGCAUGGCAGAUUUUGCUUAAACUUACAGGGAUGAACAACCUUAAUGUGUAGAUGGUAGUAAAGGAAGGAAUUUUUGCUGUGACCAAAUUUAACAGAAUUAUGGCCCAGUGUUGAUUUUUUCACUAUAUACUAUGUAGAAAUUUUGUGAAUGCAACUCCUCUUAAACCGGAUGGCAGAUUUUGCUUAAACUUACAAGGAUGAACAACCUUUUUGUGUAGAUGGCAGUAAAGGAAGGAAUUUUUGCUGCAACCAAAUUUAACAGAAUUAUUGCCCUUUGUUGUUUUUUUCAUUAUAUACUAUGUAGAAAUUUUGUGAACGCAACUCCUCUUAAACCGCAUGGCAGAUUUUGCUCAAACUUCCAGGGAUUAACAACCUUAAUGUGUAGAUGGUAGUAAAGGUAGGAAUUUUUGCUGCGACCAAAUUUAACAGAAUUAUAGCCCUUUGUUGAUUUUUAGUUUUCAACUUGUGGCACAUGUAGUCCAAAAAAUAUUUGACCUAGAGUCAUAAGAUUGACAGAACAGUGGCGUGUGGGGGGAUCCGUGUCCUAUGGACACAUUUCUAGUUUGUUAUUCUUGUAUUGUCUUGUUUUUUGAAAAUUAUUAUUGAUGUAACUCAGAUCAAUGUAUAAUUAAUGUGUUGGUAUUUUUUUCACUUAAGGUUGGUUUGUAAGUUAUGCUCUUGACAAAGUAAACAGCAUUAUUGAACUGUUUUCAUGACUUGCUUAUUAAAGUUUAUUAAUGUUUGUACAUGACAUGUAUAUACAGGAUAUAAAUAUAUGGUGCAAUUUUGUUAUUUUAUCAAGUAAAUAUUCCAUUUCUUUCUUUUUUGACACAAAGCAUUGUUAAUGAUAAUUAUAAAACUAUUUUGUUGAUAAAAGUUAUGCAUAUUUUUUGUACAGCAUUUUACACAACUAUUGUUAUAUAUUUAUUGUCUGAUCUUUUUCUAUUAAAUAUCAUUUCAAC